AUGGGAGCCGCCUACAGCCGCUACCGUGCACCAUUGGAGCCGCCAGGGGUCGCUGCCGCCUGGGGUUCACGCGCGGCCGAGCACGACACGAGGCCGGCGAUCCCUACGUGCCAUGGGGAGCCAUCGUCGCGUGACAUUGGAGUUGCCAAGGGUCGCCGCCGCCUCCUGCGGUACAUGCGCGGCAGUGGCGGAGCUAGCGAAUUGCUAAAGCCUGGGCACAUUCGAUUCUUGCGACUUCGGGAGCUCGUGGAUGCUCUGGAAAGUGGCGGCGUCAAGCACGGGCACGUGCCCAGGGUGCCCAGACGGUCGAGACCAAGUAAACCUAGUGGUUCUGAAAGCCACAACAUGUCGGCUGCCGCUAAUUUGGCCACGUCUCCUCUCCCUUCUGUACCUGAUGUAGAAGUAGAUGCAGAGCCUGACGAGGAAGUGCCUCAACAUGAUGAUGGGGAUGAGAUUCUAUUCCCUGAACUGGUAGAUAGAGUCAGUCAACAUGCAGUGGAAGAUGAAUAUGCAGAAGAGCCUAGCAGCCAUGCUAGAUUUGAUGACACUGAUGAUGAAGAGAGGGAGGAGAACACCGACCCCUUAGUUUUACAAGAAUAUGAUGGUGAGGACAUGCCAACAAUUGAGGGGAACAGGGAGAAUUCUGAUCUUACUCCAGGAACAGUAUUCGAAUCGAUGGUGGACUGUCGUAAUGCAGUGACUACAUAUUGCAUUCUCACUGAAAACUCUUAUGAGGUUGAUAGGAGUGAGCCUGGAAGAUUCACUGUUCAUUGCCCUUAUGAUAGGUGUAGGUGGAGGUUGCAUGCAUCCACUAUGCGAAAGAGCAAAUUGAUUCAGAUAAAAAGCAACCCACAUGGGCACACUUGCCCACCUGGAGGGGGAGGGGGAAAGAACAAAUCUAAGCUUGCAAAGACUAGGUGGGUGGCAGAUGCAAUCUUGGAUUGGGUGAGGGAAACACCAACAAUUGGUCCAACAGCACUCCAUGGGAAGCUAUUUGAGAAGUACAAGAUUAAUGUACAAUACAUGAAGAUUUUCUAUGCUAAGGAAAGGGCUCUUGAUAGGAUUAAUGGUCCAUGGAAUGAGAGUUUUCAGUUGCUUUACACCUUCAAAGCUGAAGUGGAGACGGCUAGUCCAGGGAGUAUUGUAGAGAUUGACAAGCAUACAGUUAAGUACAAAUUAAAAGGGAAGGCAAUAGAGAAGGAGUGCUUCAGGAGGGCUUUUGUUUGUUUCAAGGCUUGCUAG